AUGCUUGUUCCCGUCCUCAGAAGGCAAGCUGUUCAGCAUGUCCGCCUUGCCCGCGUCGCCCUUCCCAGCCUGACAAGAUGGUACGCUUCGUACCCCCCGCACACCGUUGUCAAGAUGCCCGCCUUAUCUCCUACCAUGACGGCGGGAAAUAUCGGCGCCUGGAACAAGAAGCCCGGUGACAGCAUCGCCCCCGGCGAGGUCCUCGUCGAGAUCGAGACCGACAAGGCCCAGAUGGACUUUGAGUUCCAGGAGGAGGGUGUUUUGGCCAAGGUCCUCAAGGACACGGGCGCGAAGGAUGUCGCUGUUGGCAAUCCAAUUGCCAUCUUGGUCGACGAGGGAACCGACAUCAGUGCCUUUGAGAGCUUCUCGCUCGAGGAUGCCGGUGGUGAUGCUUCGGCCCCGGCUCCCAAGAAGGAGCAGAAGUCCGAGUCCGAGUCUUCCGCCCCUACCCCGGCGCCCACUCCGGCCCCCGAGCCCGAAUCGACCGGACCCAGCGGCAGGCUCGAGCCUGCCCUCGAUCGCGAGCCCAACAUCUCUGCCGCCGCCAAGAGGCUUGCUAUUGAGAAUGGUAUCUCGAUCAAGGGCCUCAAGGGUACUGGCCCGGGUGGCAAGAUCACCGAGGAGGAUGUCAAGAAGGCCCAGUCCUCCCCUGCCGCCGCCGGUGCUGCAUCUGCUGCCUCUUACCAGGACACCCCUAUCAGCGGCAUGCGCAAGUCCAUCGCUUCGCGUCUCCAGUCCUCUAUUGUUGACAACCCCCACUACUUUGUCUCUUCCAGCCUCUCCGUCGGCAAGCUCCUCAAGCUCCGCCAGGCUCUCAACAGCUCUGCCGAGGGCCGGUACAAGCUUUCCGUCAACGACUUCUUGAUCAAGGCCAUUGCCGUUGCCUCCAAGAAGGUCCCCGCCGUCAACAGCUCGUGGCGUGAUGGCGUCAUUCGCCAGUUCAACAACGUCGACGUUUCCGUCGCCGUCGCCACCCCCACCGGCCUGAUCACCCCCAUCGUCACCAACGUCGAGUCUAAGGGUCUGGAGACCAUCUCGGCUUCCGUCAAGGAGCUUGCCAAGAAGGCUCGUGAUAACAAGCUCAAGCCCGAGGAGUACCAGGGCGGCACCAUCACCAUCUCCAACAUGGGCAUGAACGCCGCUGUCGAACGUUUCACCGCCAUCAUCAACCCCCCUCAGGCUGCCAUCCUUGCUGUCGGCAGCACCCAGAAGGUUGCCGUCCCAGUCGAGAAUGAGGAUGGCACCACGGGCGUCGAGUGGGAGGAGCGGAUCGUCGUCACUGGCAGCUUCGACCACAAGGUCGUUGACGGUGCCGUCGGUGCCGAGUGGAUGCGCGAGUUCAAGAAGGUCAUUGAGAACCCUCUUGAGCUUCUUCUUUAA